GCCAUGAGGAAAAAGAGGUCUGUUGGAGAACCACAUAAUCAUCAUUGGAGACAUGUGACAUGUUUCUGAGCCCGGCUAAUAGAUUGACAGCUGAUAUAAUUACUGACUGAAUGAUUUAUUUAUAAACAUUGGUUGACUGACAUUUAUAUGUGAAUGUAUUUAUCCCUUUAUAAUAAAAUCAAAUAAUUAUUCUCUCAUCAUUUUUUAAAAUUCAUUUAUAUAUUCAGUCAUUCAUCCUUUCAUUAUUUUAUGCAUUCAUUUGUUUAUAGACUUACUUUUUAAAAGGAGCAAUCUGCUGUUCUAACAAUACCAAAGCGGUCACUGAACCAUUAUUUUUCUAAAUAGCUGAAGAUUGGGGUGGAGAAAAGUAAUCAUUGUCAAUAUUCAAAUAUUAAUGCUAACCUUGAUAUGGUUGAGUAUCUACCUGACUCUGUUCUGUUCUACUUUUACACGGCAGCAUCCGAUCUGUGAGGGUGGACGCAGUUCAUCCGCUAGUGCGCUAUUUUUGCACCUGUCCGCUAAUUGGGUGGACAAUUUCCAGUUCUGUGUCUAAAAGAUAAGUCGAGCGCAUGUUUCCAGAGCAUGUGUCACGGCCGAUGCUGGAAGAAGACCAAGGUGCAGCGUGCAACGUUUGAGCCUUUGAGUUACAUUUUUUAAACCUACUUAGGACAAUGUACCUCCUAUGAAGGAAAACUCGAAACAUGAUGAGAGGGAAGUGGAGCACACGAAAAGAGAAAUCCGGAGAUAAUGGAUCAGAACACAAACCACAUUCUGACUGGAGGAAAUUUGCAAUAUACUGGCAACAGCAGAUCAUCUAACUACCCUAAGAAUGGCAAUUCAGACUAUCACUUGGAUGAGCGCCUUCCUCUGCCUCGUGCAAGUUUUCUCGAUGCCCAUGCCUUGCCAGCUACAAGGACAGCUGGUGCGAACAACCCACAACCUACUGAGAGACAUGGGGGGUCAUUUUCCUCUAGAGUGCCUGCAUGAGAAUGUCGUCAUGUCAUUCCCAGCCACCGCAUUUGCAACCUCCGGCGCGCCACAGUUGAGCAGCAGUGGUGCUAAGGCUAUUUAUGAGACAUUGAAGAACAUCGACACAUUGUUUGGAACCGACGAGCUGCCGACGAUGUGGGACCAACAGAAGUUGGAGUAUUUUCAGAACAUUAUCUACCGUCAGACUGAAGAGAGCAAAUGUAUGAUGGGCCGUGUGGAUACAAGUGAUUAUCCCAUCAGGGCAGAGGGCCUGAAGACGUACUUUGGGAACAUUGCAGCAGUCCUAAAAGAAAAGAAUUUCAGCUACUGCGCCUGGGAAGUGGUUCGAAAAGAGCUCCUGUACACCCUAGAAUUCAUUCUGAAACACAACUCUGAUAGCCUGUGGUCCAACAGAACAUGAAUUUGAACUUGCAGAUCUUUUUUACUAUUGUGUUUUACAAUUGUGCUUGAUUUUAAAAGCCUUCUAUUCUACAAUCAUGCAAUGUGCAAUGUCAAACAGCAAUAUUAUACAUGUAUUUAUUUAUUUAUCAAGGUUAUUUAUUUAUGUAG